AUGUCGUCAUCCGCAUGGGUCAUUUGUUUCGUCUCCAUUCGCUUCGACCUGGACGUUGGCCCGCUCGUGGAGUGCGUUGCGCCGCCAGGUGCCCUGACCGAUGAGGGGGAGAAGGCCAUCACGCAGGUGGCCUUCCCUGACUGCAACCCGAAGGGCAGUCACGAUCUCAUCUUCUUCUUCCACAUGAAGGACUGCACCACGGCGUCCGCGCGUCACAGGGCAGAGACGUUCGUUGCCCCAGCCACGGGGAGAACUGGUCCAAAUAUUUACGGUGCGACGUACUACCGUCAGAAGAAAGACGCCUCUGUUCCACGGGGGUAUGUGCAGCAGGCCGUCGUUCUCCUUUCCCGGCUGCCUUAUAUGGCUGUUCAGGAGCUCAUAUUGCGUAUUGUGGCGCCACGUUUCUGUCAGUGUUGCGCCCUUUCCCCAGACAUUGAAAAGGUGCCUGUGUUGAGCGCCCUCUCGCCUCAGCCGACGACAUUCUUUGAGGUGGAUUCGUCGUUUAACCCCAGCCAGUACUCCCAGAAGGAGGUGUUGGAGCGGGCCGUGGAUGAAAUUGAGGGCUGGCCGUCUCCCCACCCUCAUGUUCAAUACAAUUUGACCCUGCUGCACCAGCCGUUAACUUUUGUGACACCGAGGCGAUGCCUGCCUCCAUCGAACAUGGAAGGUACUGCUGCAUCUCGAACCCCGACUCGGUUAGAUGAACGUGUUGCAUUCUUAGGAAGUAAGCGCCAAUCGUCGAGUGCAAAUGAUGUAAUUCCUCUUUAUGCACUCUUGAAGGAACACCUUCGACACUUGACGCAGGUGUGGGAACUGAUAUUAUGCCAUGAACCGCUCUUUAUAUGGAGCAACACCCCUUCCAUGGCGUCUGCGGUGGCCAUUGCUGUGGCGUCCCUGGUACAGCCUCUUAAUUUUAACGGCGUGCUGCGUUCAUACCUUACCGUACAAGAUGAGUCCUUUAGUCGUUACUCACGUAUGGGCAAAGCAAUACCGUUUCCAACUUCGGAAUGUAUUAUUGUGGCAGCUACGAAUCCGUUUUUCUUCCGCGCCUUUGAUGGGUGGCCAAACCUGCUUACGGUCAUCGAUCGACAGGGCAGUAGUCUUGAAUACCAGGGGACUCCAAAUGAUUAUUGCUUUUAUAAUGGCACAGAUGGUACGCUUUCAGUUUCGACUCCUAAUUCUAAUUCCACCUCUGUCCCUGCCGCCACGCCGAGUAAUCUUGCACACCAACCCUCUGAUAGCGCCUCUCCUGCAAACGGGGAUGGGGUGACGUUGAGCAGUCCCCGCCUCUUUACAUACCGUAGCUUUUUCCCCGCCCUGGCUGCUGCGAAGACGACGGCGCCGCCUCAGCCAGAGCUCUCCUCAGGCGGGUUAGGCGGGGAGAGUCCCCUGCUUUCUCAGCAAUCCGUGAACACGUUUAGGUCCCCGUUUCCUUUUUUGGUGGAUCACAAGGCGCAGACGUCAAUUCUGCUUCACCGCUUGGAGCAGGCGUCGCACCUGAACGCGGAGGCCCAAUUGGUUUCCUUGGGUGCCCAUGUUUGGAACGGCUGCGGGGAGCUCGAGGAGAUGAAGGCCGCGGCGACGCAUGCUGCAGACCGCGGUGGACAGCUCAACAGCACUCAGCCGUUUUUUCAAUAUAGCAUAGCCGAUGACAUUGUUAGAAAAUUUUUUGAAACACUGACGAUGGAGUUCCUCAUGCCGGUGAGUGCCUGGUUUCAAGCCAUGAUAAGUACAUUGACGGUGUUUCACCUUUGCGACCCGGCGGUUCUUACCGCGCUUACUCCGGAUUCCUUUUUGAACUUCCUUAGGGACAACCGGGAGUCGGUGCCAUCGUUUCUCUCGCGGCGUCCGCACAAGGCCUGUAGCGUCAUGUACGAACGCUUCGCCCGGGGUUCCCUGUUCAACGCCGUGGUGUGGCAGUUGAUGGACAAAAAAAUUAGACAGGGCUUGGAGGAGGUCCAGGUGGAGCAGUGGGCUUCUACGCAUCCCACGGAGGUGGAACGGAUUGAAAUGUUUAUCAACCUUUACAAACUCGUGGAGCGCGAGGUGGUCCGCUCCACCGACCCCGACGUCGUCUUCGUCACAACAGCGAUAGCCGUCCUGGCAGAAAUGGUUGUGUACAUCCGUGAGCCACUACGGGAUGAACUCCUGCUUAAAGUGCGUGAGCUACGGAUUUGA